AGAUACUAAGUCACAAUUUUGGAAAACUUGUUCAUUAUUCUAACUUAUGAAAUGGCUAUAUAUAUUUUUUUCCAAUGGCGGAAUCAGGCUUCCAUACUACUACAGCUCGUGAUGACAGCGUUUGAAUCGUGCGUCUUGUUUUUCUCCGCUGAUCCUCAGCGCGCAUGCGCAGCCUCUGCCCGGCGGCAGCAGUCCCGGUGGUUGAGCGUACAGAGAGUGGAGCGGGGCAGGUCGCCUCUGGAGCAGCAGCACGUCUCCGUUGCACUCAGCGUGUGUGUAUGUGCAUGUGUGUUUGUUUUGUUUUUAUUAGCCAUGCUGGGAUGGUGAGCCGGAGCUUCGCAGAGAAACCAUGAACUGGCGCCGUCUCGUUUUCGCAGCAGCUCAAGUUCUUUCUGACCGAGCGUGCCAGUUUAUCGGGGAAGAAGGAGCGUAAUGUGUCAUACCGAGGGGAUCCCUGCGUUCGCGAGGUUCGGGUCGAGGCCUACUUGUUAGAUCUCCCCCUCCUCACCCUCCUCCGCCUUCUCCCCCCUACCGACUCGCACCGUGAUGAUGGCUGAUGAUCAACAACCUGGUCAGCACCCGCAGCCAGGCUCCGGGACGGGCUCGCUGCCCUCUCUCGCUCCAGCGGGACUGCAAGGGACAGAGGCGAGCGCUCUGCAGCUCAAAAUAAAGAGCUCUAUCUGCAAAUCCGUUCAAUCGAAGGUGGACGGCAUUUUGCAAGAUGUGGAGAAGUUUACAGAUAUUGAAAAACUCUACCUCUACCUCAGGUUGCCUUCUGGGCCCAGCAGUGGCAAUGACAAAACUGAACAGAGCUGUGUGUCAUCAAGUCGCACUCAGCAGAUGCAUGCAUUCAGCUGGAUCCGGAAUCACCUGGAGGAGCACCCCGAGACCUCGCUUCCCAAGCAGGAGGUCUACGAUGAGUACAAGAGCUACUGUGACAACCUGGGUUACCACGCUCUCAGCGCCGCCGACUUUGGAAAGAUCAUGAAGAACGUUUUUCCCAACAUGAAGGCACGCCGGCUUGGCAUGAGAGGCAAAUCCAAAUAUUGCUAUAGUGGCCUAAGAAAGAAAGCUUUCAUUCAUAUGCCCUCACUUCCAAACCUGGAUUUACACAAAACUGGAGAUGGGUGUGAGGUGUUUGAGCCCGCUGGGCAGAGCUGCGGUGGCGAGGACGAGGUCCGCUCUGCAGCCUGUGGCCUGGUGUGCGAGUGGGCUCAGAAAGUGCUGAGUCGGCAGUUUGACAGUGUGGAGGACCUGGCACGCUUCCUGCUCAACAGCCACUACAUCGGCACCAAGUCUGUUGCUGCUCUUACCGUCAUGACAGGAUCCCCUUCAGGGACUAAGAUGUCUGUGCAGUCAUCUGCGUUUGUGCCCACGGCCGAUGCCCACUCAUUCCAGCCUCAGGUGAAAACGCUAGCAUCCCCCUCUAUUGAUGCCAAGCAGCAGCUCCAGAGAAAGAUCCAAAAGAAGCAGCAGGAACAGAAACUUCACUCCCCACUUCCUGCUGAGGCCCAGGCCAGGAGGACAGAUGGGGGCACUACGCCUGGUUCAGGCACAGGAAUCCCAUGUGGAAGCCCUGCCCUGCUUUCACCGCAGCCUACCAUUGGCAUUGUGGUGGCUGCAGUCCCUAGCCCUAUUACGGUCCAGAGAAGCAGGCAGUUGAUGUCUCCUAGCCCUGUUCCCAUUGCAACACCAGAAAGCAAAGUUCUCCCUGUCAGUUUUCAGGUUGUCACCCAAGCAGUGCAGCCUGUGAAGCAAUGUCCCAAGACCCCUCAGAAUGUCCCUGCAAGUCCAGUGGGUGAUCGCUCUGCCCGCCAUCGUUAUGCCCAAAUCUUGCCCAAACCGACUACAACUAGUGCGAUCACCCUGCGCACACCUCCUGCACUCCUUAUCACCAACAGUCCUAUCAAAACUGUUAUGCCAACAUCCCAGGUCAGCUCCGUCAAUGUUGUCAAGAUGACAACCAUAUCUCUGGGGCCAAGCAACACCAACACUGCAGCCACCUCAACAAUCAGCAACACACCUAGGCCUGCUUCUGCUGGAGUUGCUAGCCUUAGUGAUGACCUCCAGCCUGUUACGCGCGUGCGUAGCGGCUCUAUUGCAGCAAUGCCAUCCGCCCUGGCAAGACGAACAACCACCACAACACCUGUCAUCGACAUGAAGUUAGACUCUGAUAUUGUACUUGGGGGUGGACAAGUCCAGCGUGAGACUGGCAGGCUGGCAACUUCUCAGGAAGCUGGCGUGGGCAUACAGAGGGUGGAAGAGGCACCCAAACCGAGGGCAGCUAGUGUGCCUACACCUCUUGCUAAGAUAUCUGCAGGGCUGGACAUGCAAACAGGGACCAAAUGUAAUGGGAGGAUGCUCCCUAAUGAAAGCAAUGUGGCUGCUGGCAGCAAUAAUAAUGUUAAAGAAAGAAGUUUGUAUCAGAGUGUAACCAAUCAGACCAUGAGCAGUGCCCCAACCAGUAGUGGUGCAUUUGUGACAUCACCCAGGGAUGCAGAGUUUGCAUCCAGAAGCCCUCGCAAAAGACAAGGCUUAUGCCCAGAUUCAUGUUUAACACCUGUCAAAAAAGUCUUUUUGACAGAUGUAGUAACUGAAGGUACAAAAUCAGGCAUGGGAGCCACAAUGAAGAAUAUUCCCAGGUCAGAUGCUCCCAUCCGACCAGAGAGUGCACCUGCCUCAGCUGCAUCAAAAGUUAUGAUGAAGCUCAACUCCAAUGUUCCAACCCGCAUCCUUGGGCUUUCUGACUCUCCAGUUGGGAAUACUGGCUUCCAGACUGUCAGCAGGUCAAGAAGCGUUUCCCAAGGACACUGGGAAGGAUCCUCAUCUAGUGUAAAAAAUUUUGCCUCUGGUACCACAGCUGCAACUGCCCCUUGCCAGGAUUCUCAGAUCCGGAAUACCAGCUUCCAGACCUUUGGCAGGCCGCGAAGUGUUUCUCAAGGGCGGUGGGAAGGGUCUUCAUCCAGUAUUGACAGCAAGCCAGUAGUCACUCACCCGGCUAGCACCACCGGUCAGGCCUUGCUACAGCAGCAUGCAGCCAAAAAUCCGCAAGCCAUGCAGGUAGGUCCAGAGCAAGCUGACUCUGCAUGUGAACUCAAGAGUGUGUUCUGGGAUAAUGGACAGCAAGAUGGCACCCAGCAACAAGUUUACUCUCAGCAGGGUACGGCAGAAAACAAGCAAAUAUCCACUCCUAUUCAAGUGACAGCUCAACCCUCUGGCCCGAGCCAAAUGGUACAGAUGACCACUGAUAUGGCAGAAUAUGUGUCAUCCCAGCCAAACGUGGGCUAUUUUCCCUUUAAUGAUGAUGACAUGACUCAGGACAGUAUUGUGGAGGAGUUGGUUCAAAUGGAGGAGCAGAUGAAAAUGAACAGUAGUGUGCAAGACUUUGGUGGCUGUGUGGAUAUGGCACUACAAGGUCAACAGACUACCUUACAGAACAACAUGAUAUCCAAUCACCAGCCCAGCCUGUCUUAUUACAGCUCAGCUCACAGCAACAGCACACCUAUCCACACACCCACGCCAACACCAACCCCCACCACAGAGAUGAUAGGUGGGGGGCAGGGAUUGACUCGAGAGAGCCCCUGCUCUCGCUUGGCUCCCACCACCCCUGUGGACAGUGCACUUGGAAGCAGCUGCCAAACCCCUAUUAGUACACCCCAUUCUAACUGCAGUAGUAGUGUACCACCCAGCCCUGUUGAGUGUAGGAACCCCUUUGCUUUCACUCCUAUCAACUCAAGUGUCACAAGUUACCACGAUGGCAGUAUUGUCUCUUCCAGUCCAGUCAAGCCCAUGCAGAGGCCAAUGGCCACCCACCCAGAUAAAUCUAAACUAGAGUGGAUAAAUAAUGGCUAUAAUAGCGGUAGUGGCAACUCCAGUAACGGAAUCAACAUUCUGCCCAGCUAUCAGGACCUGGUAGAUGAUCAGUUCAGGAAGCCUCAUGCCUUUGCCAUUCCUGGGCAGACGUAUCAGUCACAGAUCAGGCACCAUGACACGCACAUAAGCCGUUUGACACCUAUUUCCCCGGUCCAGCAACAGGUGGCAAGCAUGGCCAAUCUCAAUAAACAGGAGGGAUUUGCUGUUCCAGCUCCUCUUGAUAACAAAACCAGCACAUCCUCCUCUGGGUCUGGGACGUUUCGCUGCCGCAGUGUCAGUCCAGCAGUCAGGCAGCGCAACCUGAGUGGGACCCCAAACCCUAACGUCCCCCGUUCUGUGGUCUCCCCUUUCAAUUCACCAGUGACGCCUGAAGUGCUGAAUAUCUUCGCUAACAGUCAAGCAGACACUAGCAUUAGCAGCAUGGCACAGAGGAGUCAGUCUGUGCCGUUGAAUGUGAUGAUGCAAACUGAAGUUCUGCCUAUGCAGGCUGGUGGGCAGGCAAGCAACACCAAAAAGAUCACUAAUGUCCUACUCAGCAAGAUGGAUGGUGAUGGUGACAGUUCGGUACGUGGACUUGGCAUGAACAACAUGCCAUCCUACACUGCUCGCAUGAACCUCACACAGAUCCUGGAAACAACUGCCGUCCCUGGCUUCCCCAGCAGUGCCAACCACCAGGCUCAAAUUUCAUCUGGCCCCUCAGCCUACAAGUUUCAGAAGCCGGCUUACCUCAUGAAGAACACCAGAGGGGAGCAGAUGAGCUUCUCAUCAGGGGACGGCCAAGCACAAUCAGUCUCAGGAGAGAAGCAGCCGCAGCAGCUUUCUGGUGAAGAGCAGCAGAAUCAGGCCUUGCAGAUUCCUCCGCAACAGAACCUCCAGCAACAUCAGCACCAGCAGCCUCUGCAUUUCGACAGCACUGUUAAGGACCUGUUAGAGGAAAACAGCCUGAACGCUGGCUCACAGCUGUCAGGCCAGGCUUCAGAUCUGAGUACUGGGGGUUCUGAGUUCCCUGGCGAUAUGCGACUGACCUCUGAACUCUCUAGUAGCAUCAAUGACCUGAACACUUUGGACACAAACCUUCUGUUUAACCCCAGUCAGCAGCAGGGGCAGUAUGAAGAAUCAACACUGGAGGAACUGAAGAAUGACCCACUUUUUCAGCAGAUCUGCAGCGAGACUGUGAGUUCUGCUGGCUUUGACUGGUUAGAGAGCAAGGACCAGGCAACAGUGGAAAUGUUGGGUUAAUUUGUAGUUUUGUAUCAUUUUGAUAUUUGAAUACUUGACUGGAUGUUUUUGGUUAUCUACAUGUUUUUCAGGAUCCCGUCUUUGUAAGUGUUCACACUUUUGUGUUGUAUAGCACAUUGUAUCAAGUUUCUGGACUUGGCUCCAGACAGUUGUGCCAGGCUGAACAGAAAUUAUCACUUUCUUCAAGAAUGCUGUUUUUUGUAAUUGCAGUGUACUCCUUUGCCCCAGAUUAUGGUGCUGCCAUAGUAAUUUUCUCCCCAUGCACAUUUUUCAAAGACAGCACUGAUACAGAAUUGAAAACAGACCAGGGUUUUGGAGUCUCACAUAAAGGAAGCUGUACUGGUGCCAUGACUGAGAGUCAAUAAUAACUGUAAAGAUCCUGUUUUUUAUUUUCAUUUUAUGUUUGCCAAAGGAAGUUGCAGGCAGGAAAAAUAUCUGCACGUCUUGUAGGCAAAGGGAUGCUGUUAAACUGUUUGAGAAAUUUGGGAAUUUAAAUUAAUUUCUAAAUCCUGCUUCUUUUGUAAACAAGCUUGUUUUGGGACUAGUUGAGAGGUACUCUUGCUUCAUUUAGUCGCCCUUUCGACCAGAUUUUAAAUAGGUGCUUCCAGGUGCAGAGAAAUACAACAUGAAUGAUUAGUAGUUUUUUGGAAACUUUGUUGUCUAGACUGUAGUCACAGGAUAUAUAACAUAAGGAAAUAUAAUGUCUCCUGUCACAAGUUUUCCAGUAUGUCAAUUUCAUGGCAUUCAUAUGAAUUCAAAAUUAUGGCAACUGGUACUGCAGCUGUUAAAACUGAGAUCUGAUUCACACUGAAUUGUUCGUAAUCUAAAAUUUGGCUUGCUCCUCAUUGUAAACUAAUUGUUGUUUAUAGAAAUUAAUAUGCAUUAACUUAAAGUGAUUAGGACUUUUGUUCACUAGAGUUUUGUGUGGCAUUAAACCUCCCUAAGUUGCAUCUCAGGGUUCCCCAUGCUCUAGAUUUGAGGCAUUGAAUUAAAUGAAUGCUCUGUGAAAUAAUUUUUAAUACAAUCAUCAAAAUGAUCUAAUAUUUGCACUACCUGGCACAUUUUAUAUAUUGAAAACUUGUAUAUUGGAAACUCUUUUAGGUGAUCCAGGCUGUCUUGUUUAUGAAGACACAAAGGACAUCACUGUUUAAGACAUUAUGCAAACAAGAAAGGCGUGGUAUAAAGGAGAAUUCUGCUGAUUUCUCAAAAAUUUCAAUUCAACUGGUGAAAUGUAAAUACAGUAAUUCAGUGUUUGGUUGUGCAAUGGUAUACUUAAGAGAAGCUUAAUGAGUCAGAUUUAUUUACAAUGGUGGUGAUAUAUAUACAUAGGAAAUAUAGCCAUUUAUUAGUUAUUGAAAGUGACCAGUGAACCUACACCUACAGUUUUUAUAUCGAAUGUUGAUGAUGGUAAAAUUGUAGUAAAACCAAAAAAAAAUCAGUUUUCUUUGGGGACUAAUUUGACUUACAAUGCCUUCCAUGUAAAGUGAAUGGAUUUUUACAAAAUAUGUUUUGGGAGACCUCACCUGAAAACUAAUGGCAUCAGAAGCAUAAUUUUAACCUAUUCAUUUCAAUCACCACCGCUGUGAACAAUUCAGACUCAGUUAAAGCAGAUUUUGAAAAAAUGAUGGAAUUCCUGUUUAAAGCCCCAACCAAGAACUGCUGCAAUGGCACCACAGUUGCCCCAGGUUUAGUGAUUAUACUACACUGACAAAAAAAGGAUUUUUUUUUACUCGAAUGUGUACAAAAAUAAAAUAUUACAUGAACACAGUUUGUGCCAAAAGACAGUACACUUAAUAACACAAUGAUGUUGAGGUAUUAUGUUUCAUUCAUGUACAAAUAAUGUACACAUUUGAAUGUAAAUUCAGUGCACUGUUGUUUUUUGUUAUUUUGUUUCAGGGUGACAGAAUAUGGUUUUCCGAAUAUGCAUUGUGAUUAUUCAAAAACCUUUGUCUUGCAGUCAGGUAUAGUGAUUCUAAUUGAGGCUUUAAUGUGUUGGGUUUGGCAACGUUAAACUGACAAAGUACAGAGCACCUUGACUAUCCCCCUUAGAAAAGCAAACGCCAAAGUGGAUCUCUGAAAAAGAGAGAAAAACGGUGUCAUUUGAUUAUAUUCAGGAUCCACUUAGUCUUUUAAAGUCUUUAAAUUGUUUGUAUCUAUGCAUUUAUAAGCUCAUGAGAUAGCUGAUCUGCCACUUUUUUUCAAUUCAGUGGCUGCAGUUUUUUGUAAGUUGAUGCUUAAAGCUUGCAUGUUUAAGUAACCAUAUACCAUCUGAUGCUUUUCAGCUUUUUUGCUGAUGCUGUUUGUAAUUAUUUUGUAUAAAUGCAGUUAUCAUCUUGGAAAUAGAGGAUGUUAGUGGUUUGAUUCCACAUAACUUAUGCCUUUGUACCAAAUGCAAGGAGGGUUUUUAAACUUUGUUAAAGCAAAAUUUAUAUGACUGUUGAGCUUUUUUAAUAUAUUUCUUUCCCCAUUCAGGUACUCUGCACUGUUAUAUAUGAAAGGUGUUUUUGAAUAUGGAGCCAGUACCACUAUGCCAUCAUUUAAGCUGAAAGCUUUCGAAUCUGGAAAACAGUAAAUCUCUUUUUGAAUCUGAUUAGACUUUUUUUAUAAGCAAGAUUGCGCAGUAUGAGUAAUUUACUGGUAACCCGUUGCUAAUUUUUCUUGUGCCUGAUGAUUUAAACACAGUCACAGCACUAAAACACUAUGUCUGAUUUGUGGCCGACGUCUUUACAAUCCGUUUUAGCCUUACUGUACCUCGAUACCAAAGACAAGCUGUGGAAUUUGUGAUUUUUUAAAAAAAGUAAACCCUUUUUGCAGCGUAAUUCUACAUUUAAAAAAAGAGGCAUUGAAAUGACACUUUGAAACAAGCAUUCUCUUUUUUUCUCGGGGGAGGGUUUUUUAGUGGACAGUCAAGUGUAAUUUAUAACCAUGAGCAACCUGUCCUGUAGCACUGGAACCUUUACUCGAAGAACACAUUAAAAAGUUUAAAAAAUGCCACUACUGGUAUGGUUUGCAAAACGUAUGUAGCAAGGUUUUUAGAAAACUGUUGAAAGUAAGUCGUUUUGAAGUCGUUUGUAUAUAUUAAACCUUCAUUUGAAGAAACCAA